GAGGGCUUCCCCGAAUGGAUUGACACAAGAAGGAUUUACGCUUUAAAUUGUGUUUUAUUCAGUAUGGCUAUAUACGUGUUUGAUAAAAACAGUAUUGGUAGAUUGUGUCAAUGUAUCAGCGUUGUAAAGAAGAGCUACUAACCAGCCAUAUUUUCCGAGUGAAACCAAUACAAUGAUCGUCAGUGUCUAUCAGGAGUGGAAUAUUAUUAGCAAUUCAGACAGUGCAACUGUCUCUCUGGUCCUUGCACAGCUUUUCAACAUGGUGGGAAAAUAACUCAGCAUUUGGGUGUCAGUGUAAGCCAGUAAUCCACUCUCCAAAAAAUUAAGGAAGAGAGAAAAAAAAGCUGAAGUUGGAGCACAGCUGAGAACAACCAUUCACCUGGUUCCCAUGCCGACUGCCCCAUCUCUGCCCUCUCACAUCCUCCACUAUGCCUCCUACUCCCAAACCCCCUAAGAGACAACCCCCACCACAGACAAGGAAUGGCUGCAAGGUGAUACCCACAACAACAACCACCACUACCACCACCGCCAAGAGGCAGAUCUCCAACUCCAGCAAGUCCAGAGGAAAAGCCUUUGAGAGCCCACAGUCGACACCAAAACCCCCCCAAAGAUCCACAACCAGGACCCAGGCCCAGCCGGCCAGAAGCCCAGGGAGGAGUGGGCUUGGCAGUCAGGUCCCGGGGGGGUCCCCUGGUAGGGUUAACCAUGCCCCUGUGCAUGUAACAGGAUCAGUGAGGCUAAGGAGCCGGGGUAAUCCUCUGCUACAGCAUGGGGUGGGAGAGGAUCCACCGGGGCGCAGGAUGUCCUUACGGGGCAUGGGGUGCUCCAAGAAGUUUCCUCCCCUGACGGUAAAGCCUAGCAGGGGAGGGAAGAAAGCCAGAGGGAGGGGGGCGAGGGGAGCAAGGGGUCAGAGAUGGAGCGAAAGAGGGAUUGAGCAAGGACCUGAGGAGUCUGACCCUGGUAGUAUAGACCCUAGUGUGAUUGACCAAGAGAAGGAGGUAGUCAGCCAUGAUAGAGAGGGCCAACCUCUUAACCUAAGGACUGAACUUGAUGACCCUUCCUGUGUUGACCAGCAGGAACCAGGAGUCGGCCAUGAUGGUAAGGGCAAACUUCUUAACCUGAGGACUGAUGACUCAGCUAGUGAUGACAAACAUGAAGAGUUAGUUGCCCAUAAUGGUGACGCGGUUGGUACUAACCCACAUAAUAAGCCUUUCAGCCAUAGUGGUGAGGGCAACAACUCGGAGCUCAAUGACCCCAUCAGUGUUGACCAACAACAGGAAAAGCUAGUCAAUAACAUUAGUGAGGGCAAUUCAGGGCAAUUCUACCAGAGCCAUGAGCUUGGUGACUCUACCAGUGAUGAGAGGCAGGAAGUGUCAGUCGUCCCUAAAGGUGAAGACAACGCCAAGAUUAACCUUGGAGCUGAGCAGAUUGAGAUGGAGCAGAGAGAGAGAGAUACUCAUGCAGAGGAGCAGAGAGGAGGGGAGAGGUUGGAGAAGGACGGAAAGGAAGCAGUGGAGAAGGAAGGAGAGGAAGCAAUGGAGGAAGGAGAAAAGACGGAUGAAGAAAAGAAGAAAGCAGAGGAGGAGGAGAGAGUGGAGAUAGUCAAGGUGAAGGAGACUAAGGAAAGAGAGGAGAAAGACGAGAGACUGGAGAAGAGAGAGGUUAUCAGCAGACCUCCAGACACAAGCUCCAGUAUGUCUGUCUCUCAGCACCAAAAGCCACCUCUGCAGGAUGACGUGUUGAUGAUGCAAUCACCUGUCCAUCCCCCAUCUGUCUCUGAACCAGCCACCUCAGACCUGGUGUCACCCCCUCUCUCUCAUCCUCACCCGACCUUUCCACUUCACCCCGCAAUGUCACAUGACAUUAAGGUUUUUAACCAAGGUGCAAAACUAAUCCAACCUACCCAAACUGUUGAAAUCCAUAAACCUUUAAAAGUCCCAACUACUUUCCAUGAGACAUCACAGACGACCUCAGUGCACCCAAUAUCACUAAGUCUCUCAGUUGCCUUCCUCAGUGAACCCCACAAGUCCCUGUGUGUAAUCCCAGCGAACCCAGCACUCAGUCAGAGCCUGGAGAGCCCUGUCUCUCCAGAGGCUAGACAACUUCUCAGACCAGUGGACGAAGAGACCAAAGAGUCAUCCAAUCACCUCAAUGCAAAAUUAUCUUCAUCAUCUGCAUCAUCAUCGUCAGACCUGUACACCAGCGCGGAGGCCCCCAUCACUGUGUCUGUACCUGACCUGGGUCCAUUGUCAAACAACCACAACAAUUACCCAGAAGAACCACCAUCCUCAUCAUCACUCACAUACACAAAGAAAGACGUUUUCACCACUGGGUCUGAACCAGACAAAGACAUUGUAUCUGUCUCUGAUUGUGACCUAGGUUCUGGUCCAAUGACUCACAACAAGUACAACCAAGAUGAGCCACAACCAUCACUCCCAAACACAGACACAAGGUCUGAACCAAACACAGGGUCUGAACCAAACACAGAUAUUGCAUCUGUCUCUGUAUCUGAUCUGGGUUCAGUGCCGAAGACCUCCUCCAUCCCUAACCAGGAGAGUUCUAGCUCCAAGUUCUCAUUCUCCUUCUCCUGCAGCUCUGAGAGCACCCAAUCAUCCUACUCCUUCGACACUGAGUCAGAGACUGGAUAUGGGGAACCUAGCCCCCCUGGACACCCUAGCCUGGACCUGGGACACCUGGACGGGGGCACAUCUCUGCCCCGAACCCCACGGAUCAUCCAGAGGAGGGAGAGGAAGAAGAGGAGUAGGUGUGGAGGGUGUGAGCCGUGCCUAAGGAAGAUCAACUGUGGCCAGUGUAGCUGCUGUCUGAACCGCAGGACUGGACACCAGAUCUGUAAACUGAGGAAGUGUAUGGAGCUGAGGAAGAGGAGGCCAAUGUCACUGCUCACACUAACAUCUACUCAGGUGGGGUGCAAGGACGUGGCCAAACCAGCAUUAAAGAAACCAGUUUCCACGGUGGUUCCAGAGGACAGCUCAGUUAAUGGCAGAGGCCCUGUCCAGAUGGCAGAGGACACCUAUACGGCAGCGGAGGACGACGAGGAGGGUCACAUACCUCACACACACCACUUCACACACCCUCCCCACGUCCACACUCUUGCCCCAAUCCGAGAUGGACGACCAGCAGCACUUAUCAAGAGAGAGCCUGGCCUGGAGGACACCAACGAUGGACUUCUUCUGCAGCACCACUGCUCUUCUUCUGGGACUUUUCACAACGGUGCUAAUGAAAACAUGGCUAAAACCAACGGUGUUCAACUGAUUGCCGGUCCGGAUUCACAUCCGGUGUCACCUGAGUCCCAAAAUACUACGAUACAAUUAGAGUCCCAAAGUACUACAAAAUCCACAUACCCCAAAGGCAGCUCUGAGCUGAAGGAUGCACUUCUGGACGACACCAUAGCUGUUCCUCUGAAGAAGAUAAAGGUGGAGGAACCGUGGGUGUGGUCCAUGGACCAGUCCUCCGCCCCACUAGGGGGCGAUGAUGACGAUGUCUAUGAGGACGCUCUAUCCACGCUAGCAGCCGUGGUGUGUUUCUCUAUCACAGACAGGAAGGGUCUGGAGGAGAAGUUGUGUAGCUCCCGUUCCCCGGUGCUACGCUCGUUCAAAACAGAGCCGGAGGACUUUAAGGUGGAUAUUUGCUUGAAAAGUGCUCCCAUCAGUCCACGAAAAGCUCUCGACAUUAUUGUCAAACGAGAGCAACCCUCUCCAGAUCUCUCUCAGCCAAGCAUCCAGUCUUUGGUAGAAGAGAGGAAUAUUAGCAAUGACCAGGCUAUCGCUAUCGAGGCGCUAACCUUACUGGCAGCUAUCCCACAAAACUCCCCAGAACCCUUUAGAACCGACGCACAGGGUGAAAACCCCACCACACCAUCCAUGCACUUAUCCAAUAGAAACACCCCUCUCCAGGGCUCCAACAAAGUUCUAGUGAUCAGCUCCCCUCUGCACCAGACCUCAGUCAUACGCUCCCCUCUGCACCAGACCUCAGUCAUACGCUCCCCGGUGGCCAGACAAGCUCAUGUCAUCCAGUGUCAUUCCCGUAGCCCCGCAGCCACUGGCAACUUGUCCCUACAGGACCUGCUAGAAGCCAGCUCGGACUGUGACAGACUUCCCUACGAAAGCACCGAGAGAGCAGGACAACACCUGUACAGGAGAGCAGACCAAGGCCUUGGUUCUCAACAUAACAGGGGCGAAGGCACUUUCAGACAGCGGAAAGACAUGGAGAGGAACAGCAAGGAAACAAUAGAGAGGACGGUGGGUAAGAGCGGGAGGAACAGGGAUGAGGAAGAGGUGGCGGCUCAACUUGCCGAGUUGGCGUUCAUCAUCCAAUCACGUCAUAAGCAGCAGCAGGGUUUCCACCCCUCCCAGCACUCAGAGAACAACCCUCCCAGAGGAACUCCAGUCUCAGCCAUCAAGUACAACUACAACUCCGAACAAGCACCACCCAACCACAAGAAGACCCCUGUGAAGAAACCCAGGACCACACUUUCCAAACCUAGGAAGAAGAAGGGAACGGAGGGGUUGGAAGAGGAGGGCUACAAACCCAACAACCGUACCCCCCUGUACAAACGAAUACCCAACGGCAAGACCCCCCACAGAGCCAGUGUCCAGAAGGUUCUGCCCCAGCCGAAGACAUCAUCGCUCAGCCACAAGAGGAGCCUUUUCCUACCUCAGGCCCAGAUGGAUCUGAAAAGGUACCUGACUGAGGCUCAGGAGGAACGACGGCAGCUAUUUUACUACAGUAACGCCCACAGUGGGGUCAAAUACCACAAAACCUCUGGAGCCGUCGAUCGUGGUCGAAGUCAAGGUUAUGGUCAUGACAACCAACAGUGGUCGCAUUUCAACGGUCACCUGGAGCCAUUACAAGGACAAGGAGUUGGACAAGGACAUGAUUGUGAAAGAGGAUUGUAUUCUCAGGUAUCGCAGCCCUACGUUGGGCAGCAGCACGGUGCUAACCUAAAAGCUAGCUCCACUAUCCCCAGUUUCACCAGCAUAGACUCUAACAACCACAGAACCGGGUUGAACCAUGGUUUAUCCAAUGGCUACUCCUCUGGGGGUCAACAGCAGGGGUAUUACAAAGUGGAGAGGUCCGGUCCGGUCACCGUCUUGUCCACGUCAGCUAACGGCGAUUUGGAUCUAUCGGAGGAGUCGACACCCACCAAACACAACGUGAACAGCUUCCUGGAAUCGCCCCUCAGGUUCCUCGACACGCCCACUAAGAAUCUGCUUAACACCCCCUCCAAGAAACUCUCUGAGAUCCCCUCCUGUGGAUGCAUGAAGCAAAUCAUAGAGAAGGAGGAGGGUCCAUAUUAUACUCACCUUGGUGCUGGACCCAGUGUGUCAGCCGUCAGAGAGAUGAUGGAGAACAGGUAUGGAGAGAAAGGGAAGGCGGUAAGGGUGGAGGUGGUGGUGUAUACUGGGAAAGAAGGACGCAGUUCCCAGGGCUGUCCCAUCGCCAAGUGGGUGAUCCGUCGGGGCAGUGAGGAGGAGAAGUUGCUGUGUCUGGUGAGACACCGGGCAGGGCACCACUGUGAGAGUGCCGUGGUGGUGAUUCUCAUCUUGGCAUGGGAGGGCAUCCCCCGGGGCGUGGCAGACAGUCUGUACCAGGAGCUCACCCAGACUCUCUGUAAAUACGGCUCCCCCACCAGCCGGCGCUGCGCACUCAACGAGGAUCGGACGUGUGCUUGCCAGGGUGUGGACCCGAACACCUGCGGCGCUUCCUUCUCCUUCGGCUGCUCCUGGAGUAUGUACUUCAACGGCUGCAAGUUCGCCCGCAGCAAGAUCCCCCGCAAGUUCCGCCUGCUGGGAGACAUGCCGCAGGAGGAGGUGAAGCUGGAGCAUCGUCUGCAGAACCUGGCCACAGACCUGGGUCCUGUCUACCAGAGACUGGCCCCAGAGGCCUUCCAAAACCAGGUGGAUCUGGAGCAGGCGGGCCAGGAUUGCAGGCUGGGUCGGAGUGCGGGCCGACCUUUCUCCGGGGUCACGGCAUGUGUGGAUUUCUGCGCCCACGCUCACAAAGACACACAGAACAUGAACAACGGCAGCACUGUGGUAUGCUCCUCACAUGGCUGGAUUCACAUGCACACACAUAUUCGCUGUCAAACAAACAGAGACAUAGACACAGGUCAAAUCAAAUCAAAGUUGAUUGGUCCCUCAGUCAGCACUCAGUCAGUCAGCAUCAGUCCCAGUCAGCCACUCAGUCAGUCAGCCAUCCAGCCACUCACCCACGCACCUCAUGUCAGUCAGCCAUCAGUAGCCAGCCAGUCAGUCGCACUCAUCAGUCAGUCAGGCCUCAGUCCAUCACCAUCGUCAGUCAUCAGGCCAGUCAGCCACUCAGCCGUCAGUCAGUCAGCCAGUCAGCAGUAG